GGGGAAUCACAAAUUACCCUUGGAGGACACACCUUUAUGAGUGUGGUAGUGGGGUCGUUGCAGCAAGAAAUUGGACUAUUCUCUAAAGACACUCAUAGAAACAAGAUACGUGCGCAUGACCGUCUAUCGCGCCAAACCGUUCCAGAACCAUAAUUGUUUCUUGUACUGUGUGUGGUAGGCGUAAGUUUGAUUCCAAAGACCUAGUUCAAGACUUUGUUCACUACGGUUCUUCCAAUUGAAACUUGCUAACACUACACCCAUUGCGCAGUAAAAGCAUCUUGUAAAAUUUUAAAUUAUGUGGGGGAUGGUUGUUCUAAUUGAAUAUUUUACUCUAAUAUAUUUAAUUAGAUUUGAUUUUGAUGUAUUAAAUAUCAGAUACAGGUGAUUUCACGUGGGUUUCUAAGGGAGAAAUUGCUGGUAGAGAUUAUUAAGGGCGGUUAAACGCACUUAGACUUGAUCUUCUCUUUUGUUUGAGGGUUAUUAAGGGUGGUUAAACCCACUUAACUUGGUCUCCCCUCAUUUCCGAAUAUCUCUCCUACAAAUUAGAGGAGUAUUCCCUCAACCCUAACAGACUAUAUUUUCUAUAUAUAUACUCAUAUACCUAUGCAGCUAAGAGAUAUACACAUACAGCAAAAUACUCCUUGCUCGACUCACUCUUGUUUUACCGUAUACAGAAAAAUCUUUUAGCCUUUUCUUCUUCCAAUCAGUACUCUAUUUUGGAAAAUAAAAGCUUGUGAUAUUUCCUGUACUCUAUGUUUGAGGUGGGUUGCUUUCAUUGAUUAUUUCGAGUGUCGGGAAACUAUUGGUUCAUGAUCAGUUCGAUUCACUGCACAUAAGAAAGAAAACUCGAAGGUCGUAUGUUGUUCCCCGCGAGAUGGAGAGCUCAUUGAAGGUAUGUCGCUAAAAUUUAUGAGUUCUGAUCGUACAUGAAAAAUGAUCAAGCACAAAAAAAAAGAGAGUGGAUUUCCGGUUCCAUUGCCCUAAACAUUAACUCCUCAUGUGGUUAGUACCAUUGCUUAUAUUUUCUCUCUUUUCUUAAAAUCAUGUGUGAAGAAUUUGUUUGCCUCGCUCCAAGUUAAGCAAAAAGAGUUUUGUAUAGAUGACAUACAACUUGGUCUCACUCUCUUGAAGAAGUCUUCCUGAAUGUUACGGAAAAAAGCAGAACUACCGAACCCUCUAAUUGACGACGGCGUGAUGAUUUUGACAUUGGAAUCAGGACUUGCAUUGCUGAUACCCAUGGGAGUCGAGCAUAUAGGUAUUCCGGAAUCAGAAUCAGCCCAGAACGUUAGAGACCUCAUGGUAGAGGUGUAUUGGGAACAAGACGCUGAUGGAAACCUCUGCAUCACUGGCCACUCAGUUGAGAUCCCAAUCCUUGACAAUGUCGAUUGCACUUUACCUUCAACUCUUCUCAAGGAAGGUCCAUGUCUUGGAAUUGUGAUCGAAAUGCCACUAACGAGAAGUCUAUUCCUUAGACAAUAACUUCGAGUGUUUGAGUCAAUGAAGAUGGAUUCCCAUAAAUGGUGACUAUUUUGUUGGUUGUGAGAUACUCCCUCCGUCCCAUUCUUUUUGUCUACUCA